AUGCCGUUAGCAAAAAUUAUAAAUUAUCAUGCUCCACGAAUCAAACAAAUGUCUCACAAACACCAAAGUUUAUUAAAAGUUUUUCAAUAUCUUGUGUCAACUAGACCAGAAGAAAAAGCUAUUUUGGUUCCCAAUGGUGUAGAAUAUGAAGAAAUUAAUUUUCAAGAUUUGGAUCUUAUUAUCAAUAAAUAUGUUAAUUAUUGGAAUAAACAAUUAGAGAACGAAACCUUGGAGAAAGAUAGUGUGAUUGGUUAUUUAUCAUAA